ACUCAUAAAAACAAACGGCGCCGAAAGGUUAGCAUGAUGACUUGCUGGAGAGGAUAAGAAAAUUGAAAAUGCAAGUCUAUGGCAAUAUGAUGUUGACCAAGCUUAAACGCGUGACUAGACUAGGCGUAUCAUGAGGAGGGUUCAACAAUCACAACAUGCAAAGAAGUUGGUGUAAUUCGAAGAAGAAGAAGAGCACGAUCGAAAGAACAAUGGGAUUGAUUGGAGAGACAACGGUGGUGGACUCUAUCAAAUCUAUUCAGUUCCGGCAGGCAUUCUCUCAGGCCGUCACUCUCGGAAUCAUAGUUGCGUCUGCACUAAUAAUAUGGAAGACUUUGACGUGCAUUAUGGGCAGCCAAUCUCCUAUUGUUGUUGUUCUUUCUGAAAGCAUGGAACCUGCCUUUCAGAGGGGGGACAUUUUAUUCUUGCAUAUGAGUAAAGAACCUAUUCGUGUUGGGGAGAUUGUUGUGUUUGAUGUUGAAGGUCGUGAUAUUCCAAUUGUCCAUCGUGUAAUAAAGGUUCAUGAACGGCAAGAUACUGGAGAAGUUGAUGUCCUCACAAAAGGGGACCACAAUCGUGACGAUGACAGAGGUCUAUAUGCUCCUGGUCAGCUCUGGAUUCAGCAGCAUCACAUCUUGGGCAGAGCUGUAGGGUUCUUACCUUACGUUGGCUGGGUGACAAUUAUCAUGACAGAAAAGCCUAUUAUAAAGUAUAUUCUUAUUGGUGCUUUGGGGCUGUUUGUUAUUAUAUCGAAGGACUAACGAACAAAGAUCAAGUACAUUCAACCACCCAAAAAUCUGGUUUGGUUGAGAACAGCAGCUGCCAUUCUUCUCUUAGUUUUGUGACCUCUCCUUAUCCUUGUGUACGCGGCAAGGAAAUGGAUUUUCUUUUUCUUUUUUUUCUUCUUCUUUUUUGUGAAUAUUGUAACUUGAAUCAGAAUUGGUUAAAAUGUUUCAGUAACUGUCAGAGUUCGAGUGUUGAUGUUGGGAAGAUUUUGAUAUGAAUUUAUUGUACUUGAAUCUUAAAAUCAAUAACAGGUUUUGAUUUUGAAUUAAAAAU